AUGAAGAUCUCCGCCUCCUUUGCAACUGCAACUAUUGCUGCUUUUUCGUUGAUUCCACUCUCUCUGGCUGCUCCGAUCGAUGUCUCUCUGGCAAAGAGAGAGGCUGAAGCUGAUGCUGACGCCCGCUUGGGUGCCAGAAUCUAUGCCAAGGGUCAGCCAAUCUACAAGAGAGAGGCUGAAGCUGAUGCUGAAGCUGAUGCCCGCUUGGGUGCCAGAAUCUACGCCAAGGGCCAGCCAAUCUACAAGAGAGAGGCUGAAGCUGAUGCUGAAGCUGAUGCUGAUGCCCGCUUGGGUGCCAGAAUCUACGCCAAGGGCCAGCCAAUCUACAAGAGAGAGGCCGAAGCUGACGCUGAAGCUGAUGCCGAGGCAGAUGCUCGUCUUGGUGCCAGAAUCUACGCCAAGGGCCAGCCAAUCUACAAGAGAGAGGCCGAAGCUGACGCUGAAGCUGAUGCCGAGGCAGAUGCUCGUCUUGGUGCCAGAAUCUACGCCAAGGGCCAGCCAAUCUACAAGAGAGAGGCUGAAGCGGAUGCUGAUGCUGAUGCCCGCUUGGGUGCCAGAAUCUACGCCAAGGGUCAGCCAAUCUACAAGAGAGAGGCUGAAGCUGAUGCCGAGGCAGAUGCUCGUCUUGGUGCCAGAAUCUACGCCAAGGGUCAACCAAUCUACUGA